CUCUUUCCUUUCUCUUCUUCCUAGGAAUGUCCAUUCUCUUAUUCCACUUCUCUGUCUUUUUUCUCUGUUGUUGCCCAUAAAGCCUCAGAAAAUGUUCAAACUGUUUGAUCCAAACUGAAAAAUUCCAUGUCCGUAUAAAUUCUUUCUAGAGAGAGAAACCCAAGAGAGAGAGAGAGAAAAUGGAGAGUUCUUUAGGAGUGGGGUUCAUGGCCGUGUUUGCCGUUACGGGAAGUGUAGUUAUUCUUGCUCAUCAAAUCCAUAAGCGUCUCCUCUCUGACUUCAUGAAAGACAUUGAAUUUGAAUUGGGGGGUCGUCUUUUGCAUUCCCAUGACAACACAAGAUUUGGAAUUGGAUCUGCGAAAAGAACGUCAAAGAAAACCGUUAGAUUCGCGGACGACGUCGUCGAGCCCUCGUCGAACAACAAGGAAUACCGAAAGAGGUGCAUGAUGAUGGAAAGGCGGGUUUCAACAAUGGAGGGUGUCCCAAACAAGGGCCAUGACCAAAAGUUUGAGGUCACCAUGCCACCCAAUAGGCAAGCUUUAUAUAGAGGGAUCAUUGCUUUUAAGUCUCUUAAGGACCAAUCAUUUGUUAAUUAA